GUAAAUUAACUUUAAUGGUUCACUGUCGUCCAAUCAUAUUCCCGGAGAAAGUAUGUGCGCGUUGUAUACACCAAUCAUAUAGUCGAAACAACUAUCAAGCACCGCCCAAGUACACAAAAUGAAGCCAUUUUGCAAAUAUAAUUUUUGGACCCGAACUAACACACCCUCCUUCACUUCAGUAGCUAGGAAACACAUGUAGACGGAUAUCAUUACACCAGAAACUUAACUUGAACGUGAGGAAGGGUGUGGAAAUGCUGCGACUGUAACAGAGGAGGAGGAGAGAGAGGAGACGAGAGAGAGGAGGAGGAGGAGGAGGAGAGAGAGGAGGAGAGAGAGGAGGAGAGAGAGGAGACGAGAGAGAGGAGGAGGAGGAGGAGGAGAGAGAGGAGGAGGAGGAGAGAGGAGACGAGAGAGAGAGAGAGAGGAACAGACAGUCAGAGGACCAGUAUGGACUAUGACAGAAGGGGGGGUCGGGGAGACCGCAUGGGUCGCUAUGGCAACAACAGCUCCUCCGACCACGACUACAGAGACAUGGAUUACCGGGGCUACGGACAGGAAGAGGCGGAGUUGGAGACAGGAUAUGACCUCAGAGCCGGUGCCGGACGCAGCGACAAAGCCGACCAACCAGCGGGCGUCCGGGAGUUCACGACGCCGGCCCGUUUCCACGACCAACGGCCAGGGUUCCGUCAGAGGGGUGGGGGGAGAGGUUCGGGGGGCGGUCCUGGUCGGGGCGGUAAAGGGUUCCCAUCACCCUGCUCCCCUCGAUCUCUGAUCUUACCCCAGCCAGAGGUAACCCUGUCCAGGCUGCAGAGAGAGGAGAGAAUGGGAGAGGCAUCGAGGAGAGACUUCCAGAGCUUCAAGCCCAACUCAGAGGGUAGAGGAAGGGGAGGAGGAGGUAGAGGGGGAGGAAGAAGAGGAAGGGGAGAGAGGGGAUACCCUGAGAACAAUGCCUCUCACAUGGGGGAGAGAGAGGGAGACUGGGGGAGGAUGGAAGGAGGUGCAGGUGGAGGUGUCACCCCUGCUGGACAGGAGGAGUACAGCACCCUGAGAGGAGGACAAGGGGAGGAGGAGAGGUUCCUCAGGGGAGGAGAACUAGGGGAGGAGGACAUGUUUCUCAGAGGAGGAGGACCAGGGAAGGAGGAGAGGUUCCUCAGAGGAGGAGGACAAGGGGAGGAGGAGCGGUUCCUCAGAGGAGGAGGACAAGGGAAGGAGGAGAAGUUCCUCAGAGGAGGAGGACCAGGGAAGAGAAAGGGUUUCUCUAUGGGAUCUCCAGGGGAUGACUGUGGUGGAAAAGGGCUGCUAGGGGAGGGGCUAGGGGCCAGUCCUGGGGGUCCAGACCCUCUCUCCUCAGUAGGAGAGGACCCAGAACAGAGAGAGCUGAUGGACUACAGACCAGACCUUCUGGACCAGAACCAACGACCGUCCAACAUCAUCAUGUUACGCAUGCUGCCACCCAACGCAACCGCCAACGAGAUACGUGCCCAGCUCCAGGACCAGGGGAUUGAUCCGACAGAGGUUCUGAUUCGCCUGAUGAGGAACAAGUCUUCAGGUCAGAGCCGUGGAUUCGCCUUCGUGGAGUUUAAUCACAUACAGGAGGCCUGCCGCUGGAUGGAGACCAAUCAGAGGGUUCUGUCUAUCCUAGGCCAGAGGGUGUCUAUGCACUACAGUGACCCUAAACCACGCGCCAACGAGGACUGGCUCUGUAACAAGUGUGGCGUUCAGAACUUCAAGAGGAGAGAGAAGUGCUUUAAAUGUGGUGUUUCCAAAUCAGAGGCUGAGCUGAAACUGCCCCAGCUGAGGGAGUUACCCCUGGGGGGGCAUCAGAAAGAUGGCUUACUGCCCCUCCCUGCCCUCUACCAGCCAGCUGCUACCACCUCUACUGCCGUCACCACUCCCAGGGCCGGGGGCAAGGCCGGGGCAGGGGGAGCUGAUACACAGCAGGCUGAGGUGGCCAACGACACUCUGAUCCUGAGGAACCUGGGUCCCCAUACCUCCCUGGAGUCCAUCCUGUCUACUCUGGCUCCCUUCGCUACUCUGUCCCCUUCUAAUGUUCGACUGAUCAAAGACAAACAGACACAACUCAACCGGGGCUUCGCUUUCCUGCAGCUGUCUACUAUAGUGGAAGCAUCUCAGCUUCUCCAGAUCCUCCAGGCCUUACAGCCAGCUCUCUCUAUAGAUGGGAAGGCCAUCGCUGUGGAGUUCGCCAAGGGAUCCAAACGGGAUGUGUUCCUGACAGAUGGCAGUAGAGUUAGUGCUGCUACAGUCGCCAGUACAGCCAUCGCUGCUGCACAGUGGGCCGUUACCCAGACCGCCCAGUCCCAGUCCUCUGCAUCCCAGCAGGGUGUGGAUGUGGGGUUGUACCACCAGGGGGCAGCAGUAACACUGGGAGUCUAUGGAGGCCAGGAGAACCACAACUACACGGUGGUGACAGAGGGCCCGGCCUACAAGGCCCAGGCAGGGGGAAUGGGUACAUCCCUACCCAGCCCAGGAGCAGGCCUGAUGGGGGCGUACACAGGAACAGCACCUGUUUCUGGAGUGGAUGGCGUGCAGCUCUCGCUCGGCCAAUCACACGCUCCACUCAUCACUACGGCAACUACACAGGCCAAUCAGCCUGUAGAGAUAGUGGGUAAGCCUCAACCUGCCACUCCCACCCACCCUGCCACCCCCGGCACCGCACACCAGUACCAACAAUACCCGGUCCCGGACGUGUCCACGUACCAAUACGAGGAGAGUUCUGGCUACUACUACGACCCUCUAACUGGACUCUACUACGACCCUAACUCACAGUACUACUACAACGGAGUCACUCUGCAGUAUAUGUACUGGGACGGAGAGAAGCAAACAUACAUUCCAGCUCCUGCCCAAUCAACAGCUGAGGCUGACGUUGCCCCCGGUGAUAACUCCGCCCCCCCUGAUCCUCCCUCUGCUGCUCCUGGAGGCAAGGAGAAGAAGGACAAGCCCAAAAACAAGACAGCCCAACAGAUAGCGAAGGACAUGGAGCGUUGGGCUAAGAGUCUGAACAGACAGAAGGAGAACGUUCGCUCUCUCUCCUCUUCCUGCUCCACCACCCCUGUGACCUCUAUGGCUCCUCCCCCUGGUUACGCCCGGGUGCCUGGGCACGGUCGCCUUGACGACCGCCGAGAGUCCGCCAGCGCAGACGCCGGUUAUGCCGUCCUGGAGAAGAAGGGGGCGUUGUCUGAAAGACCUCAGAUCAUCCUGGACCAGCUCAGACACACAGACAGAGAGCGCUCCCCUCCUCAGGUGCAGGGUUUGGUUCCGGCCUACAGCGGCGAGACGGACAGCGAGGGAGAGGAGGGAGGAGAGAAGGAUGAGAGGAUGACAGACUGGGCUAAGCUAGCCUGUCUGCUGUGUAGGAGACAGUUCCCCAGCAAGGAGGCUCUGAUACGACACCAACAGCUCUCUGAGCUACACAAGCAAAACCUGGAGCAGCGGAGGUCACAGCAAGAGGGGGGUAUAGGGGAGGGGGCGGGGGAGGGGAAAGACAAAGGAGGGCCGUCUACAGAGCCACCGGACCCCAAGAAGAGGAAGUACAGCCCCCUUGAUGGUACGGCUGGCAGUAGUCUAGGCGCCAGGAUGCUGCAGGGCGGGGUGAAGAAAGGUCUGCUGCUACGUAACAUGCAAGUGGACUGACCCCCGACCUCUAACCCCUGACAUUCAACCAUCACACAGGACUAGGCUCCCCAGAUCCCAAUCCUAACCUUAACCCUUUACACUCGUACCUGUAUCCGGGUUGAAAAUGGCAGAUUCGGGCACCAAUAAAUACCUAAAUUGGAACGUAAUGCUCGUCACAGCGAUGUUUUGACUGACAGACAUUCUGAACUUGAUCACCUCAUCCAACGUAAAGUUUGCCACCAUCCCUCCUCGUAACUUUUGCAAAUGUUUUGUUGUCUGAGUGAGGAAAAUGCUGUAAAUUAAGAGGACUAUAAUGCAUUUUGUUGAGGAUUACAAUAAAUAUCGCUUUGAUGUCAUACAACACCUGUGAGUCCAGUUACCAGAUGACAUGGCGUCAUACCCUGGGCUGUUCUCUAUGUGUGAUGUCCUGUUACCAGAUGGAAUGGUGUCAUACCCUGGGCUGUUCUCUAUGUGUGAUGUCCUGUUACCAGAUGACAUGGCGUCAUACCCUGGGCUGUUCUCUAUGUGUGAUGUCCUGUUACCAGAGGACUUGUCGUCAUACCCUGGGCUGUUCUCUAUGUGUGAUGUCCUGUUACCAGAUGGAAUGGUGUCAUACCCUGGGCUGUUCUCUAUGUGUGAUGUCCUGUUACCAGAUGACAUGGCAUCAUACCCUGGGCUGUUCUGAACAGAAUGAGACUAUGUGUGAUGUCCUGUUACCAGAUGACAUGGCGUCAUACCCUGGGCUGUUCUGAUCAGAAUGAGACUAUGUGUGAUGUCCUGUUACCAGAUGACAUGGCGUCAUACCCUGGGCUGUUCUGAUCAGAAUGAGACUAUGUGUGAUGUCCUGUUACCAGAUGACAUGGCAUCAUACCCUGGGCUGUUCUGAACAGAAUGAGACUAUGUGUGAUGUCCUGUUACCAGAUGACAUGGCGUCAUACCCUGGGCUGUUCUGAUCAGAAUGAGACUAUGUGUGAUGUCCUGUUAUCAGAUGACUUGGUGUCAUACCCUGGGCUGUUCUGAACAGAAUGAGUCUAUGUGUGAUGUCCUGUUACCAGAUGACAUGGUGUCAUACCCUGGGCUGUUCUCUAUGUGUGAUGUCCUGUUACCAGAUGACAUGGCGUCAUACCUUGGGCUGUUCUCUAUGUGUGAUGUCCUGUUACCAGAUGACAUGGUGUCAUACCCUGGGCUGUUCUCUAUGUGUGAUGUCCUGUUACCAGAGGACUUGUCGUCAUACCCUGGGCUGUUCUCUAUGUGUGAUGUCCUGUUACCAGAUGACAUGUCGUCAUACCCUGGGCUGUUCUCUAUGUGUGAUGUCCUGUUACCAGAGGACUUGUCGUCAUACCCUGGGCUGUUCUCUAUGUGUGAUGUCCUGUUACCAGAGGACUUGUCGUCAUACCCUGGGCUGUUCUGAACAGAAUGAGACUAUGUGUGAUGUCCUGUUACCAGAGGACUUGUCGUCAUACCCUGGGUUGUUCUCUAUGUGUGAUGUCCUGUUACCAGAGGACUUGUCGUCAUACCCUGGGUUGUUCUCUAUGUGUGAUGUCCUGUUACCAGAGGACUUGUCGUCAUACCCUGGGCUGUUCUCUAUGUGUGAUGUCCUGUUACCAGAGGACUUGUCGUCAUACCCUGGGCUGUUCUGAACAGAAUGAGACUAUGUGUGAUGUCCUGUUACCAGAUGGAAUGGUGUCAUACCCUGGGCUGUUCUCUAUGUUUGCCACUGCACACCUGGAUGCAGUCAUGACUCAUUUCUUUUACACAUCAACACGACGGUCCGUUUCUCUGAAUUGCCUUGUGAAAAGCCUACUAACACUGUAAUAUCAUGUUUUAUAACUCAGCUAGUCAUGUUGGCAAUAGAACAGGCUUUUAAACGAUGCCCACCUGGCCCAGAUUGCUAUUUAUAAUGACAGUGUUUGGUUAGUCUUAAGUUGCACCCACAUUUUCCAGGAAUAUUCUUAACAUGUUACUGAAUAUAUCCAGAAUAUUUCAGAUUUCGUUAUCAACAAAUAAUGUGAAAAGUCCAUUAAUGUAAAAUGUACAUCAAAUGAACAGUUGUGAUGUUUGGAUUCGGUCUCGUGUCACGUGAACUGUUGUGUCACGUGAACUGUCGUGUCACGUGAACUGUUGUGUCCUCAACUUUGGUCUAAUGAUUUUCCCUUAAUCUCCUAACUGUUCCCUUUCAAUUGCUACCCUGGUUAUGCUUAUGCAUUUCUUCUGUAAGAAACAUUUAAAUUUAGCCCUAUCCAUGUAGGCCAAUUCCCACGAGUAUAAAGGGUUAACUGGAAGUGGGGGGGGGGGGGCUGAUCCAAGAUGAGCACUUAGGGGGAAACUGUAUCCUACUCCUCUAACUCCUCAUACAAACAGGACUGGGACCAUCUACUCUCCUGUAUCACUACUACAUAGAUAUAUAGAUAGAUAGACAGGACUGGGACACGCUACACUCCUGUAUCACUACUACAUAGAUAUAUAUAUAGAUAGACAGGACUAGGACACGCUACUCUCCUGUAUCACUACUACAUAGAUAUAUAGAUAUACAGACAGGACUGUGACACGCUACUCUCCUGUAUCACUACUACAUAGAUAUAUAGACAGACAGGACUGGGACCAUCUACUCUCCUGUAUCACUACUACAUAGAUAUAUAUAUAGAUAGACAGGACUGGGACCAUCUACUCUCCUGUAUCACUACUACAUAGAUAUAUAUAUAGAUAGAUAGGCUCCUGUUUUUAAAUUCUACAUCGGAAGGAAGGAACCGAUGCAGUGUGGCCUGGUUGUCACGGAAAACUUCUCAAAUCUGAUCGCUGCACAGGACGCACCUUUCACCUGUGCUGCAGGGCGAUACAGGACAUCAACACUAUAUGAGAUCAACGCUAUGGGAGAUUAACGCUAUGGGAGAUUAACGCUACGGAGAUUAACGCUACGGAGAUUAACGCUACGGAGAUUAACGCUACGGGAGAUUAACGCUGCGGAGAUUAACGCUAUGGGAGAUUAACGCUACGGGAGAUUAACGCUACGGGAGAUCAACGCUACGGGAGAUCAACGCUACGGGAGAUUAACGCUACGGAGAUUAACGCUACGGGAGAUCAACGCUACGGGAGAUUAACGCUACGGAGAUUAACGCUACGGGAGAUUAACGCUACGGAGAUCAACGCUACGGGAGAUCAACGCUACGGGAGAUUAACGCUACGGGAGAUUAACGCUACGGAGAUUAACGCUACGGGAGAUCAACGCUACGGGAGAUUAACGCUACGGGGAUCAACGCUACGGGAGAUUAACGCUACGGGAGAUCAACGCUACGGGAGAUCAACGCUACGGGAGAUCAACGCUACGGGAGAUUAACGCUACGGGAGAUCAACGCUACGGGAGAUUAACGCUACGGGAGAUUAACGCUACGGAGAUUAACGCUACGGGAGAUCAACGCUACGGAAGAUCAAUGCUACGGGAGAGCAACGCUACGGAAGAUCAAUGCUACGGGAGAGCAACGCUAUGGGAGAUCAAUAUGGAGGUGAUCACCAACAGUAAACCAGCCAUGGACGAUAGAGAAAGGAGUUUUAGAGUCACGAAAGAUAACCAUCACUGGGUUCUGUAUGUACGGCUUUGAUAUCCUACAGGGAGUGACAUGACUAUGUCUCCAAUAGCAGCCACUGUGGCACCUGAUUCCUGCACUACUUUUGACCAGGGCCCAUAGCUCUAUGUAGGGAAUAGGGUGCCCUAUUCCUGCACUACUUUUGACCAGGGCCCAUAGCUCUAUGUAGGGAAUAGGGCGCCCUAUUCCUGCACUACUUUUGACCAGGGCCCAUAGCUCUAUGUAGGGAAUAGGGUGCCACGUGUCUGAAAUGGCACCCUAUUUCCCUAUAGGGCCUGGUCAAAAGUAGUGCACUAUAUAGGGAAUAGGGUGCCAUUUGGGACUUAACUUAGACAGCUACCCACACAGAGUGUGAGGAUUUUACCCAGAUAGAGAUGGGGACAGAACAUUCUGAUAGUGAUCUGGCCUCCCAUGGACAAUGGACAGUAUAUCACACUGACAAUGUAUCGGGUGUGAACCAAUAGUAAUAUCAUUCUGAUGUGUGUGUGUAAAAAAUAAAACAUGGAAUUUGUAGUAAAUGUA